GUGUAAAAUGGGCCGAUGGAACUUUGAACUUUUGAAACAAUCAGUUGAUGAACGAAAACUUGCCCUAGGGUUCCCAAUUUUCCUUACCUGGUGAACCCCUAAACCUUUCCCUCUCGGAGAUUACACCAUUUCGCUUCUCCCUUUACUUCUUUGCUAGGUUCUUCUCCGGGUGAGUAUUGUUUAGGACUUUUAGUAUGGCAGGAAGAAAUCGCUCAUCACGCCACAUUGAUGGUUACAGAGUUUCUCGUGAUGUCCCUAGAUCCUACAUAGAACGAGUGCCAGCACCCCUGCCUAUUCAUCCUGCAGCUUUGGAGGAGGAACUUGAAUUGCAACGUAGGGAAAUGCAGAGAAUUAUUUCAGAUAACCGCAUGGUGAUUGAUGAUAAUACAGUACUUCAGAGGGAAUUAUCAGCUGCAAAGGAAGAAAUUCACAGAUUGAACCAGGUUAUUCCCAAAAUCGUGUCUGAGAAAGAAUCACAAUCCAGGGAGUUGCUUGAAAGAGGUUUGAAGCUAGAAGCUGAGCUUCGUGCUUCUGAGCCUUUAAAGUCUGAGGUUCUGCAAUUAAGAGCUGAGAUUCAGAAAUUGAAUACAUUGAGGCAGGAUUUAUCUGCUCAAGUCCAAAGCCUCACCAAGGAUGUUAAUCGAUUGCAAGCUGAAAAUCAGCAGCUAAAUUCUAUGAGAGCUGAUAUGGAUGGAUUGCACAAGGAGCUUAUUGAAGCCAGGAGGGCUUAUGAAUAUGAAAAGAAAGCCAAUGAAGAACAAAUUGAACAAAAGCAAUCAAUGGAGAAGAACCUUGUUUCAAUGGCUCGUGAAAUAGAGAAACUGCGAGCAGAGAAGCUCAACAUAGAGAGAGCACGGGGAUUAGGUGCUGAGAAUUAUGGGAUCUUGAACAGAAGUCCUGAAAUGAGAUAUGCAGGUGGUGCAUAUGGUAGUAGCUAUGGUAGUUCUUGGGCACCAUAUGAGAAGCGUACCCGACGUUAAGUUUCAACCUUUCUCUUAGAUGUCCUUCAUUGAAGUUCAAUAUCUGGUUUAACAUCUUUACUUUUUCUGGAGAAGCUGCUUUUGAGAAUUACCAUGAUCAUGGUGUGAAGUAUCAACUAUCAACUAGUUAAGAUUUGUAACUGUAGUACAUUUUACUCUAUGUGACUAAAGUUCUGCUUUCAUUGCAUUAUACAAUGAGUUAUUUUUAUUCAAGUUUAUUUAGUGGCUGCAGUAGCAGAAAUAUACAGAGUAGAUUGUUGGCUGGGAAAAACAGUCAUUGACGUUUUUCAACUAAUCCUUAAAAAAAGAAAAAAAAAGGUUUAUGAUGGUUACUCUGCAGAAUUAGUAGAAUAAAUGUUGAUUGGGAAGUUUAAUUCUCGUGACAAUUAUUGGGCUGAAUAUAUUUUGGGGGACAUUGUGAUUCUCAUUCCUAUAUUGAGUUUCUCCAAAACAUACGCUUGUAUUGAGGGAUCCAGUUCCUUGGCUUAUGGAGAAGCUUUAUAUUGUGUU